AUGUUAAGUGUAGCGAUUCUCGUGUUCGACGGCGUUGACAUCCUUGAUUUUGCGGGUCCUCUAGAAAUAUGCUCACAUGCUUCACAUUCCUUGGAUUACAGGAAGCCGGACCCGGUUUUUGAAAUUGACAUUGUUGGGGCACACGAGCUUAUUAAAUCCAGUGCAGGAGUCCAUAUAUCCCCCAGGACCUCUAUUGAAACCGCUAUCUCUCGGCUGGAUACCCUUGACGUUCUCAUUGUCCCAGGUGGACCCCCGCCGAUUCUCGAAUCUCUAAUAAAAAGCAAUUCUCAAGAACUCCAGUUAGUCCAGGCUUUCGGGCGCCUAGAAACAAAAGAGCGACCCCGGAUUAUUCUUUCCAUAUGCACGGGUGCUAUGUUCCUCGCCGCGAGCGGUUUACUCAAAGACACGAAGGCGACAACACAUCAUCUGUUUCUUGACGAUCUACGUGCGAUUUGUGGGACCAAGGGAGAAACUAAUAUUGUUGCUGCACGCUAUGUCGAUGGCGGUGUCAGACCUAAUGGAUUGAGAGUGAUUACUAGUGGAGGCGUCUCUUCUGGAUUGGAUGCCGCAUGUUAUUUUGUUGAGCAAGCUGCCUCCCCUCAAGUUGCGGCAUAUGCAGCGAAGAUGGUCGAAUACGAAUGGAAAGCAUCGAGUUAA